AUGAGGCUCUGGCUCUUCCUUGUGCUGCUCGCCGGCAUUCUAUGUGCAAAUGCUGACGGACAAAUAAUACGCAGAACUGGACAAGCGAUAAGCAGGGCAGGACACUUCGUCCGGGACGCAGCGGGAGGAGCACGGGAUAUGUACAGAGCGUACCGGGACAUGCGUGAGGCUAAUUACAAAGGCGCCGACAAAUACUUCCAUGCCCGUGGGAAUUAUGAUGCUGCCCGGAGAGGACCUGGUGGUGCUUGGGCAGCGAGAGUGAUCAGCAACGCCCGGGAGAGCUGGCAGAGCCGCGUGAGCGGCAGAGGAGCCGAGGACACUCGCGCCGACCAGGAGGCGAAUCGCUGGGGCCGCAGAGGCGGCGACCCCAACCGCUACCGCCCCGCGGGACUGCCCAGAAAGUACUAG